UGUGUAUAUUUACAAUUCUCUGAUAACGGUAGAUAAUUUUAUUAAAUAUCCUUUUAAACAAACAAUUUUGAUAAUUGUUUGUAAUAAAAAUCGUAUCCAAUCGGAUAAAAUCGACUGAUAGAGAAUAAUAGAUAUAUAUAAUAAUUAAAUAUAUAAAAAAAUUACAAAUCAAUUUCUAUUGUGAUUAAUGUUUGAAGUGAUUAAGUUUAUUUAUUUGAAAAAAUGGAUAUGAUAAACAAUUUAGACGAUUUAUAUACACCUAGUAAAUGGUGUAAACGGUUUAAUUCAGAAGGAACACUUAAAUUUUUUACUCAAAGAGUAACCAAAGGGAGUGAAGUUGUAAGACAUACAAUACCUUGUAAACUAAAUGUGGCAUAUGGACCGGAAAUUCACCAAAAACUAGAUAUAUUUGGUAAUGAUCUACCAAAAGACUCACCUAUUUUUAUUUUUAUACAUGGAGGUUAUUGGCAAACUUUUAGCAAAAAUGAAUCAUGUUUUAUGGCAAAAAUGCUUUACAUGAACAAAAUUAAGACAAUUGUGAUUGGUUAUUACAAAUGUCCAUAUGUUACACUAAAUCAACAAUUAAAUGAUGUUACCAAAGGUGUUAAAAAAAGUUUAGAAUUAGCCGAAAAAUGGAAUACAUCUAAGGUCAUAAUUGCCGGUCAUUCAGCUGGAGCCUUUAACACGGCAUAUUUAUUAAAAAAUUUAUCACAGUUUACACAAAAACAGAAAAAUUUAAUCCAAGGUUUAGUCUUAAUCGGAGGUUUAUAUGAUAUUACACCGCUUAUUGACACCUACAUAAAUAAGGUGAUACAGUUAACAUUAAAAGAAGCCGAAGAAUUAACACCAUGUCUAAUUAAUUUAAAUGAAAAAUUAAAAAUGUAUUUGAUUAUACCGGAAUAUGAGAGUCCAGCAUUUGUUGCCCAGAAUCAAAUGUAUUAUGAUCGAUUAAAAAAUGCUGGUUACGAUGUUCAAAUGAUUCAAUUUAAGAAUUGCGAUCAUUAUACCAUUAUGGAAAAUUUAAUGAAGGAGGAAUUUGAAUUAUCACAAUUUAUU